AUGGGGAAAGAAGCGAGACAAAACUGGGACAACCCGGUCCAAUUUGUUCUGGCAUGCGUGUCGUACGCAGUCGGACUCGGAAACGUGUGGCGCUUCCCGUACCUCUGUCAAAUGCACGGUGGAGGGGGGUUCCUGAUUCCAUAUUUGAUCAUGCUGGUUCUGGAGGGUAUCCCCUUAUUUUACAUGGAGCUUGCCAUUGGUCAGAAGAUGAGCCUGGGCAGCAUUGGGGCGUGGACUGCCAUCAACCCUUAUUUGGGAGGAAUAGGGGUUGCUAGUGUUGUGACGUCCAUGUAUCUGUGUCUCUAUUACAACAUCAUCAAUGCAUGGAGUUUCUGGUACCUCUUUCAUUCAUUUCAAUCAGUCCUGCCCUGGGCAGAGUGCCCCCUCAAUUCCAACCGGACAGGGCCGAUAGAGGAGUGUGAAACGGGUACAUCCACCGAGUACUUCUUCUACCGGGAAACGCUGAACAUCUCUUCUUCUAUUGAGGAGAAUGGAGGCAUUCAUAUGGGCCAGGCAUUGUGCCUUCUGCUGGCCUGGGUGAUUACCUACCUGUUCAUUGCCCGAGGAGUGAAGUCAACGGGAAAGGUGGUGUACUUCACAGCCAUAUUUCCAUACGUGGUCCUCUUUAUCUACCUGAUCCGGGGCUUCACUCUGCACGGUGCCUUCAACGGUGUCGCAUACAUGUUCACACCAAAGUUGGAGCAGCUGGCCAACCCGACCACAUGGAUCAACGCGGCCACUCAGAUCUUUUUCUCUCUGGGUUUGGGCUUUGGGACGCUCAUAGCAUUCGCCAGCUACAACCAGUACAACAACAACUUUGAGCGUCAGGCCAUCAUUGUUUCAUUCAUCAACUGUGGAACCUCCAUCUUUGCCAGCGUCGUCACCUUUUCCAUCUAUGGGUUCAAGGCCACCGUCAACUACGAGAACUGCUUGGAGAGGACACGUUUACUACUGCUGAACACAUUCAAUCUAGCGGAGGACAGCGUCUCCAUGGACAACGUCUUUGAGUGGAUUGAGAAGCUGAACACAACGUACCCACAGCAGUUUGCUGAAAUCGCCCACAAACUGGAAGGCUGUGACCUGGAGAGCGAACUAGACACUGCAGUGGAGGGCACGGGUCUGGCCUUCAUUGUGUACAGCGAGGCCAUUAUGAACAUGCCCGUGUCUCAGCUGUGGUCGGUGCUCUACUUCUUAAUGCUCCUGCUGUUGGGAAUGGGCAGCAUGCUGGGCAACAUCAUGGCCAUCAUCACCCCGCUGAGGGACUUCAAGCUCUUGUCCCACAUCAGCGACGAGCUGCUCAACGGUCUAGUGUGCGUCUUUUGUCUGCUGCUCGGCCUGGGCUUCACCACCACCUCGGGGAACUACUGGUUCACCAUGUUCAACGACUACGGAGCCAACUUCUCCCUGCUCUUCGUCGUCCUCGCCGAGGUCAUAACCGUCAGCUACAUCUAUGGGAUCAAAAGGUUUGAAAAAGACAUCGAAGACAUGCUGGGUCAUCGUCCCAACUGGUACUGGAAGAUCAUGUGGGCGGGAGUCAGUCCCCUUCUCCUCAUCACCCUCUUCAUCGUCUACAUCGUCAACUACAUCCAAGGAGGGACUCCCACCUACCAAGCAUGGAACAAAGAGCUGGGCAAGUCGGUGGUGACGGAGUAUCCCGUCUUCGGCCAGCUCUUCAUCGCCCUGCUGCUGGUGUCGUCGGUCAGCUGCGUGCCGCUCACGGCUCUGUACGUCUACUGCAGGGAGAGGAAGCGGCGCCCGGCCCACACGGGGUCUCCCGAGUGA